ACCAUCCAAAAAAUGAACUUCGAGUACACAUCUCGAGCAGCACCACUCCACAGCAGGAUCCGCCGCCACCAUCUUUCAGCUUGAUGAAAAACGGCGAAGUCGACGUCGACGACGACGAAGACGAUCAAGAACAGCAGGAGAAGCAGCAACCAAGAAGUCUGUCAGAUCAAAACUUGAGCCAGCAGCAGCAACAGCAGCAGCGACAGCAUGACCACCAUGCCGAGCAGCAACUAGAACAACUCAACAAAUCCUCCGACGCCAUCGCCGAUCAAGCCGACAGCAAAGAAGGCUCCAAAGAUGCGGGAAGCUGGAGCACCCACGCCACCUCGGUGCUCCUCGACGUCUUCCGCGAGAAGAGGCUUGCGAUCAACGGGAGGAACUUCCGGGGAGAGGAAUGGGAGGAGCUCGCCAGCAGCGUCAACGAGCGAUGCUACGCCAUCACUCCUCCAAACAGUAGCAACUUGACCACCAUCGCCACCGCCAGCAAUUCUUCCAAGGAGCUGUGGAAGAACGCCAAGCAGUGCUCCUACAAGAUGAGCAAUCUCAAGCGCAAGUACAAGAGCGAGAAGGAGAUGAUCCAGUUGACUGGAAGCCUUAGCUCCAGCUCUGGCUGGCAGUGGUUCUCCAAGAUGGAGGCCAUCUUUGGGAGCGAUCCAAAGUAUGCGACUUUCAGCUCCGGGAUCUCUUCGGGAUCUGAGCUCGCGCUCCAUGCAAGCAAAGGCGACUUGAUCGUUGAUGCCGUGGCUGGUGCCACCGACGAGGAGAUAUUUGGAGCCAACAACAAGGUGGUGGUGAUCAACAGCACUGACAAGAGGAUCUUGCGGAACAACAGCUUCGAUCCGGGCGUGCUCCUCCCGCCCAGCAAGAGCGCCUCCACGAACAACUUGGAUGGAUCGUCACCCUCGACGGAUCCGCGGCGGGAGACUGCCGCCGAGAGCAGUCCUCGAGAGUUUUACACCACGACGAGCAAGCAUUCGCAUUCCAAAAAGAAGCUUUGCGUGAUCAACUCGGGACAGAUUCCAGCAGCGGGGGUGGGCGGAUCGCCAGCGGCGGCAGCGGCGGCAGGAGGAUCGAUGGAGGGAUCGUUUCCGGCCAGUUUUUCGGAUUCGAUCAAGCUCCUGCUCAUGCAGCAAAAGGAGGCGAUCAAUCUUCUCCGGGAGCUGAGUUAUAACAGGCCACCAUCUUCACAGCAAAGACAUGAUCCGGAGAGCUCGGAAUUUGGAGCUCGUAGAGAUCUUCUAGACUUAAAGUCGAGAAUCGAUGCGGCCGACAUGGAGCUAGUCUACUUGAAACAACUUUGUGAAUCCAAGGAGAAAGAGCUCAAGGACGCGAUGCAAGUUUACGAGGACAAGAACAAGUACCGCAACGAGCUCGUGAGAAGCUUAUGGAGAUGGCGUGGAUCGUGCCACGCGGCUGCCUUAAGUUUUUUCCCGCUCAAAAUUCUAAUUUGUUUAUUUCUCUCUCGUGAGCCAGCUCUAGGGUUCUUGGGCGCGCUCGCUGGGAUGGGAUGGCGAUUCUGCGCUGGAUUGGUGGAGUCGCGAGUGCUGGGAUUGAGAUCGCUUUGGAGCGCUCAUGAUCUCAUGAACGAGAGUCUUAGCAGAAAAGAAAAGAAAAGUUCUUCUGGCGAUCAGAAGAGGAAAAAACAAAGGGCAGUCUUGGCUGGAUCUAAUCGAGCAGAGGACAGUGCGCCAGUUGAUAUAGUUGAUGUGACACCAAAGAAUAUUGGAUCGAAAAGCUCUCCCAUGGUUUGUUUUGUGUUUUAUAAGCUGCGGCUGCUGUGGGUUUAUGAUUUCAGGGAUGAACACAAGACAAAAGGACCGCCUCUAAUCACCAAGGACAGACAUUCUGAUUUACAGUUCUUGCAUCUCAAUGUUCAGCACACCUCGUUCCUCAUGAUUUUACGGGAGUCCUUUUAG